CGAACCCAAUCCACAUUCUGAUAUACACCUUCCUAGGGUAGCAGCUUCACCCUCUUCUUCCUCUGAUUAGGGUUUUAAACUCCGGUCAGUUCUAGAAUCUCUUCACUGUAAAAAAGAGAUGGACCUUUUGAAGAAACGAAAGCUCGAGGAUAACGGCGUUAUCACCGACGUCCCCGUUACCAGUAGACUCACCAUCGAAGACGCACGGAAGAUUCUAGAAUCAGUCACCCCUGAACAAAUGCUCGAAAUCCUACAAACCGCUGUUGUACGUCACGCCGACGUUUUAGACCAAGUACGAGCAAUUGCCGAUCGCGACACCACUCAACGGAAGCUCUUCAUUCGCGGACUCGGCUGGGAAACGAAUACAGAAAAACUUAAAGCGAUUUUUGGUAAUUACGGCGAGUUAGAAGAAGCCGUUGUAAUUACCGAUAAAGCCACUGGUAAAAGCAAAGGUUACGGGUUCGUUACGUUUAAACAUGUUGAUGGAGCUUUACUUGCUUUGAAGGAGCCGAGUAAGAAGAUUGAUGGACGAAUGGCAGUGACUCAGCUCGCGUCAGCUGGGAUUCAAGGUGGGCCUGGCGGCGGGAGUACCAAUAAUCCGGUUGAUGUGUCGGCGAGGAAGAUUUAUGUAGCGAAUGUGCCGUAUGAUAUGCAGGCCGAGAGGAUUUUACAGCAUUUUUGUAUGUAUGGGGAAAUAGAGGAAGGGCCAUUAGGGUUUGAUAAGGCGACUGGGAAGUCAAAAGGGUAUGCUUUGUUUGUGUAUAAGACGGCGGAGGCGGCUAAGGCUUCGCUAGUGGAUCCUGUUAAGAAUAUUGAUGGGCAUCAGUUGAAUUGUAAGCUAGCUAUUGAUGGGAAGAAAGGGGGAAAACCUGGAGGAGGAGCUCAGGUUCAAACUGAUGGUCAUGUUGAUCAGGUUGGCCCGGGCCAGUAUGGUGGGCCUAGUGGGAUUACUGGUUAUGGUGGAUUUCCAGGGCAUUCAACCUUUGGUGGGCCCGGCGGACAUGGGCUCAAUUCAGCAUACGGUAGUGGGAAUGGUAUAGGUGUGGGUGGUCCCGGUGGUGGUUCAUCUUAUGGUGGGAGCCAACCUGGGGGUUCUGUUAGUGGUGGUGGGUAUGGCGGUCCAUAUGGUGGAGGUGGGGGGUCUCAUUAUGGUGGGGCUGGUUCAGCUGGAUAUGGCGCGUUGGCCAGUAGUGCUACUGGUGGCGGUGGUGGAUAUGGCGGUCCUGGGGCAUUGGGAGGUGGUGGAUAUGGCAGCACUGGGGCGCUGGGAGGUGGUGGCUUAAGUGGAGUUGGUGGUGCAUUAGGUGGUGCAGGCCGUGGCUCUUCAAUGUAUGGGUUACCCCCAAGCUCAACUGGGUUGGCUUCAGGAGAUUAUCCACCACAGGGUCCUCAUUACAGUCAACAAAACCAAGUGCCCGGGGUAUCACCUGCACCUAGAGUUGCACCUGGGGGUAUGUACCAGGGGAUGCAUUCAUACUACUGAGAAAAUGAUGGUGCAUUCCCAGCUGCUGUACCAUUUAAGAAAGGGGAUAUCUAGGUUGGCAGAAUUCUUCAUAGCAAUUUGAGGAAAGUCUUAGCAUGACUCGGUGUGGAAGUGCCAAACAUAACCUUGUUGGGAUGCUGGUGGAGUGGUGGACAAUGUCCUUUUAGAGACUGUAAGCACUCGCAUACUGUAUAGCAAAGCCCGGGCAAGUUUGAUAUAUCUCUUACAUGACAGCACCAUGUGUCUUCGUUGGCAUGCGAUAUACACUGUUAUAUCAGAUAAACAGACCGUCAGUGCCUAUUAACAAUCCCAUCUGGUAGUCAUCCGAUUGCUUCAACAAAUGGUUCAAACAAUUUCCUGAUUUCUAUAUUUUCAUGUUUAGAGGAAUUUAGAUGUUAGGAUUUCUAUUAGUUCUUCUUUUUCGAUAUCUUUGCGCUUGGGGCGACGAUACAGCUAAUGAGGUUGCGAGGUGUCUCAGUAUUCUUCUGGUGUCAAUUACUUCAUGCUUGUGGUUACUCUGCAGUGCUUGGUUUAUUAUAAAUGUCAAAGCAUGUGCCAGAUAUUUGCUUCUAUCCCACCCUCUGUUUGCUAAUCUAGUGGUGCAGAAAUUUAUCCAUACUAUGUCUGUUGACGUUAGUUUUUCGUUCAAUAUCCAUUGCGGCUUUUUGUACCUGAAUGACACCUCUCUUCUUGAAUACAACUUCAAUGAGACAUCGUUCAUUUACUUGGGCAGCUUUUGCCUUGAGUUUACUUUCGUAUUGUGAAAUUGCCAAGCUUAGCAUGUCCAGGCACAGUCUUAAUGGUCUGUAGUUUCUGAGCGUGCACAUGUUCCUCUUGUUGGGCCAUUUUCUUCGGUAAAUGCUUCCACUUGUGCGAGAAGUACGCAAUGAAACCCAAAUGAGACAAUGAGAAGCGGUGGCCAGUUCAACUUGAGCAUGGGAAGAGGUAACACAUACAUUUUGUUCUCCAAGUUGAAAAAGGAGCCAGAUUGAGACUACUUUUAGACUGCUGAUCCUGAGGACCGCAACGUAAACUGUGAAAUACUCUUAAGACUGGGUAAAA